AUGAACGCCCCGAUCAUCGCUCCUUCGCUCGUCUUUACCGACAUGUUCCGCAUGGCGGUCGUCCACCUGAUCUUCAACAUCUCAGUGAACGUGUUGGACGAGACUGCUGAAGCCGUCAUGCGCGAGGUGACCGCCAAUAUCGACGCGGACCCAGCCAAGCUGAAGUACACGGUUGACAUCAUUUACGCGAGUGCCAUGGAAGACAGGAACUGGGUAUUUGUCGCAGUCAAGCUCCUCAAUUAUCUCUGCCUUCUCAUCCCAGCAACACUGGCCGACCCAAACGUCCUCCCCGAUGGCAACAACAAGCUACGCUCUGGCCCGCGCCUCGUCCAGCACUACAUCUACAACCGCUCGCUGGCCGACUUUCAAGCCGACAUGCAGAAAGCCGCAUGGUGCCAACCGCGCAUGUGGCUCCUCGCUGAACUAGCCGACGCAAAUUCAUCACCUCUUCUCAUGUCACAUAAGACAAACAUCUGGAUCCUAGACAUGAUGGUCAAUGCAGAGCAUCUGUACAGCAACAACAAUGUCGACUUCUUCAGCGAGUACGUGGAGUUCGUUGCGCGUGGACUGGAUGAGAAUCCGCCUACUGAAGUGGAGCUUACACGGGUGUUGGAGAAGGUGCGGGAGCGCACAGUGAUGACGGACCAGGAUCUCAUGUCCAAGAUCAAGGUUACAGGACUCAUCGCUCUGAGGGAGAAGGGUUGGGCCAUGUGA